GCUCUGCCAUACAUUUUAUUUAUGAGCGCUGUCUCUUUAAGAGAAUCAGGAAGUUGAGCGUUCAGGCCACACCGUGCAGCGAUCGCGCCAGUGUGAAGCAGCUUACAGAAAGCGAGGUGUUGUGUUAACAGCUGUGGGUUUUCAGUUCAGAAAGGGCAUUCCUUUUUCACACCUGCCAUAUAAAGUACAAGGUCCAAACCACCCAGGCGUCUGAGACUUCUUGUGUGGAGGUGUUUAACUAAACGGAUAGUGGAAGAGGUUUCCACGAGGCCGUAAAAGUGAAAAAGGAGGACUUAUCAACGAACUACUGACUCCCAGGCUGUGUGAAUGCUGUUUUCAGAACAGCACAUCAGACGCGGCGUUACCAAGUCAGCGUAAGGCACAGUAUACCAACACGAAACAUGGAUAAAUCGGAGUUUGAAGUUAGAUCUACUACAUCGCGGUCAAGCAGAGCUUCCGCUACAAGUGUAGCAUUAGCAGCGGCUCAAGCACGUGCUAAAGCAGAAGCUGCACAGGCCAGAGCUGCCUUUGCAAAAAAGGAAAUAGAAGUCAAAUUGGAAAAAGCCAGGCUAGAAGCAACACUGCAUGCACUACACAUAGAAGGUGAAGCUCAAGCUGCAGCUGCUGAAGCGGCAGUAAUGGAGGCUGCAGCUGCGAGUUUGGAAACUAUAGCGGAGCCCCCAAUUAAUCUGGGCCAAACACAACGUGCUUCUGAGCGUACGGCUGAAUAUGUUGCAAAGCACAGUAAUCCCUGUGAUGAAGAACCAAUUAAAAUGAAUGAGAAGGACAUUAAAAAAAAGGAAAACACGCACGAAAGGCAAACUGAUGGGUCAGAUAUGGAUCUAAAAGAAUACCUGCUCCAGCGGGCCCCAGAAAUCAUUGACUCUAAAUCAGAAUGGAAUGAACCUAAGAAGCAGGACAACCAGUCAUUCACACCAAAUGCUCAGGAAAAGAUGGCUCACAAUAAUCCCCACUAUAUGACGCCCUCUACUGGUCGCUCUCAGUAUUGGCCAACGGCUCAGCACUACAGCAGUGACACUAAUGAACUUGCUAAAUAUUUAGUAAAGAGCCAGUUGUUGGUGUCUGAGCUUGAUAAGUUUGACGACAAACCAGAAAAUUAUUUAUCCUGGAAAUCAUCAUUCAUUAGUGGCACAGAGCACCUCGAUCUAAAAGUUGGAGAAGAAAUUGACCUCCUGAUAAAAUCGCUGGGCCCAGAAUCCGCAAGACAUGCACGACGCAUUAAAGCAGUAAACAUAAGCAAGUCAGCCGUUGCCCUAAGGCUCAUUUGGGAACGGCUAGAAGAGACAUAUGGUUCACCAGAAGCCAUAGAGGGCGCUCUUUUUGCUAAGCUUGACCAGUUCCCCAAAAUUGGGCCAAGAGAUAAUAUUAAACUGAGGGAACUCAGCGAUCUAUUGUUGGAAAUAAAUUCAGCAAAGGAGGAAGGAUAUCUAAAUGGACUGUCUUAUCUUGACACAGCUCGAGGCAUUGGUCCAAUCGUGGAAAAGCUGCCGUAUGGACUACAAGACAGAUGGAUGAUGGAAGGUUCGCGUUACAAACAGGAAAAUGAAGUGGGAUUUCCUCCAUUUACAGUUUUUAUACAGUUUAUUCAAACACAAGCAAAGGCACGUAAUGACCCAAGCUUCAAUAUCCAGUCACUAUCCAUCGGCGGGAUGAAAAAAGACAGGCUUGUCGAGAACCAGAGUAAUAAUCGCCGAACAGUCUCAGUGCACAAAACAAACAUAACAUCUUCACCCGCGAGCGAACCAGACAAAUGGUGUCCCGUGCAUAACAAACCACACGCACUACUGCAAUGCAGAGGCUUUAAAGAGAAAACACUUGAUGAAAAAAGGAGACUAUUGAAACAACACAAUGUAUGCUACAAGUGCUGUGCAUCUAACAAACACGUGGCACGUAACUGUGAAGCGGCAGUUAAAUGUUCUGAGUGUCAAUCCGAUAAGCACCCCACUGUUAUGCACUCAGAUGCACCUUACCGGCCUACCCAGUCCGUAGCUCCGGCAGAUUAUGGCGGGGAGGAAGAAGAUGGGAAGGAGCAAAGAGUGGUUACAAGUUGCACUGAGGUAUGUGAGGAGGGUUUUACUGGGAAGUCAUGUUCCAAAAUAUGCCUAGUAAAUGUCUACCCAGCUAACGACCGCAGCAAGAGCAAAAGAUUGUACGCCAUGUUGGACGACCAGAGUAACUUAUCAUUAGCCCGCUCAGAGUUUUUUGACAUGUUCAAAGUUAACAGUUCUCCGAUACCAUACACCCUCCAAACCUGUGCUGGCGUGGGGCUCACAGCUGGUCGAAGGGCACUGGGUUAUGUCAUAGAGCCGGUAGAUGGUGCUCCUGCAAUACCACUGCCAAUGUUGAUUGAGUGCAACAUGAUACCAAACAAGAGAGAGGAGAUUCCCACCCCAGCAGCAGCGCAAGGUCAUCCUCACCUUGAACGCAUUGCACAUAAAAUACCGCCAAUAGACGACAAUGCUCAGAUACUGCUACUACUUGGAAGGGACAUUCUACAAGUCCAUAAAGUUCGCAGUCAAAUCAAUGGUCCACACAACGCACCGUACGCGCAGAGAUUGGAUCUAGGCUGGGUGAUAGUUGGAGAUGUGUGCUUGGGCAGCACUCAUAAGCCCUCAAGGGUAACCAGUCUUAAAACUCACGUUCUUGCAAAUGGGAGACCCACCCAUUUUACUCCUUGUGGAAACCACUUCAAUGUCAAGACAGAGUUGAGCCUUCCAGUUAGACCGCCAAUUCCAAGUAACACAAAUGUAAAACAAAGUGGGGCUGGUACAGGCUUGGAAGAUGAUGUUUUCUGCCAGACAAAAAAUGACAACAAGCUUGCACCCUCAAUGGAGGAUUUGUCGUUCCUCAAAAUCAUGGAUGAUGAGUUCAAACAAGACGAAAACAAGAGCUGGGUGGCCCCACUACCAUUCCGUCGGCCAAGAAAGAUACUGCCGAACAACCGACAGUAUGCCGUCAGUCGCCUCAAAUCGCUGCAACGCACGCUAAAAAAAAACCCUGAAAUGCAGUCCCACUUCAUAGACUUUAUGCAGAAGAUGCUGGACAAUGGACAUGCUGAGGUUGCACCUCCAGUACAGGAGAACAAAGAGUACUGGUAUCUACCAUUUUUUGGGGUCUACCAUCCGCAGAAACCAUCACAGAUAAGGGUGGUGUUCGACUCCAAUGCACGGUUUGAAGGCAUGUCGCUAAACGAUGUGUUGCUUUCGGGACCUAACCUGAACAACAGUCUGUUGGGUGUAUUAUUGAGAUUUAGAAAGCACCAAGUUGCAAUAACUGCAGACAUCCAGCAGAUGUUUUAUUGCUUUUUGGUACGCGAGGACUGUAGGGAUGUUUUAAGAUUUGUGUGGCACGAAGACAACAAUCCAAAGAAUCAAAUAGUGGACUUCCGAAUGCGCGUCCAUGUCUUCGGCAAUAGCCCCUCCCCUGCAGUAGCCACCUUUGGACUAAGGAGGGCAGCACAACAAGGUGAGGAAAAGUAUGGAGAGGAUGUGCGUCAGUUUGUGGAUAGAGACUUUUAUGUGGACGACGCCUUAAAGUCUGUUCCCACUGAAGAGGAUGCCAUUGAUCUAUUAAAAAGAACACAAGACAUGCUUGCCGAAUCAAACCUUAGGCUUCUCAAGAUGGCUUCCAACAAAGUUAAAGUGAUGGAUGCUUUUCCAGUAAAAGACCGAGCCAAAGAUCUCCAGGAUCUCGACCUGUCCGAGGACGACCUUCCCGAUCAACGGAGCCUUGGUGUUAAGUGGAAUAUUAUGUCAGAUGAAUUCACCUUUCAUAUUCCCCAAACAGAUAAACCGUACACACGCAGAGGGGUCCUGUCAACAGUAAAUGGUGUAUUUGACCCGCUUGGUUUCUUGUCCCCAGUUAUCAUCCAAGGACGUCUCCUCUUGAGGGAACUUUCACCAUACGCGACAGAAUGGGAUUCAGCCCUGCCUGAAAGCAUGAGAGGGAAAUGGACAGAAUGGCAGCAGUCCCUACAAUGCCUCAGUGAUCUACAGAUCCCACGUACGUACUCCAACAUCUCCCUCUCUCAAGCUAAAAUUGUUGAACUGUGCAUCUUUUCAGAUGCAUCACUGAAAGCAAUAUGUGCUGUUGCCUAUCUCAAAGUUACCGAUGCUGAUGAUGCCGUAGAAGUUGGCUUUGUUCUAGGAAAAGCUCGGCUCGCUCCCCAGCCGGAGCUUACAGUCCCCAGGCUUGAACUCUGCGCAGCAGUAAUGGCUGUGGAAAUGGCAGAAGUGAUAAGUGAGGAGAUUGACCAUCAGAUCGACAAAAUCAGCUUCUACACAGAUAGCAAAGUAGUUUUGGGUUAUAUCAGCAACCAGUCAAGACGCUUCUACGUGUAUGUAAGCAACCGUGUCAGACGCAUCAGAGAGUCAACAACACCAGAGCAAUGGCAUUUCGUUCCAACGGAUAAAAACCCUGCUGACCAUGGCUCACGGUCUGUUCCAGCCUCAGAGUUACAAAACACAACAUGGCUUACAGGGCCAGCCUUCCUGAAGUGCUCUUCAGACAUCCAGCCACAACCACAUAAGUAUGAGCUUAUGGAUCCAGAUGGUGAUGCAGAGGUACGUCCACAGGUAGAAACAUUCUACACAUGUAGCUCAAAAACUGUGCUGGACACAAAACGCUGGGAACGGUUUUCCUCAUGGAAAUCCUUGAUUAGAACUGUUGCAAACCUGAUUCACAUAGCGGACUGCUUCUCCCUCCAAAAAACAAAAAAAGACUGUACUGGAUGGCAUAUGUGCAGCACAGCCAUCACCUGCGAACUGAUGGGAAAAGCUGAAAACACAAUCAUCAAAAAUGUUCAGCAAGAAACAUACACAGAGGAAAUCAAGUGCAUUGGUACAAAACUAAAUCUUCCCAAACACAGCUCGCUCAUCAAACUAAACCCUUUCAUUGGGAAUGACGGGCUACUGAGAGUCGGAGGUCGCAUUGCACGCUCGGGGUUGGAGACAAAGGAAACUAACCCUAUCAUUCUACCAGGCACCCACCACAUAACCACCCUCCUUGUGAGACAUCAGCAUGAAAAGGUCAGCCACCAGGGGAGACAUUUCACCGAAGGGGCGGUCAGAGAAAGUGGCCUGUGGAUUGUAGGCGCAAAAAGGUGCAUCGCUAAAGUCAUAAACAAGUGUGUCACCUGCAAAAAACUAAGAGGAAGGUUUGAAGAGCAGUUAAUGAGCGACCUACCUUCAGAACGACUCCAGGUGGAGCCUCCCUUCUCUUAUGUGGGAAUGGAUGUUUUUGGCCCAUGGGAAGUAGUUACAAGACGUACUAGAGGGGGACAGGCCAACAGUAAACGAUGGGCAGUACUCUUUACAUGCUUGAGCACAAGAGCUGUCCAUAUUGAAGUUGUGGAAGAGAUGAGUUCAUCAAGUUUUAUCAAUGCACUGCGGCGCUUCUUUGCACUGAGAGGCCCUGCAAAACAGCUGCGUUCCGACUGCGGCACCAAUUUUACUGGUGCUCACAAAGAGAUCACAGCAUCAUCACCACUCAAGGAUGAGGUCCAACAUUAUUUAAAGGAGCAAAGGUGUAAAUGGGUAUUCAACCCACCCCAUUCAUCCCAUAUGGGGGGAGUAUGGGAACGCAUGAUCGGAAUAGCAAGGCGCAUUCUGGACAGCAUGUUGCUGCAAGCUGGUAGUGUCCAGCUCACCCAUGAAAUUCUCACUACCUUUCUAGCAGAAGUAACAGCCAUAAUGAACGCCCGCCCACUAGUACCAGUCUCAACUGACCCAGAGCAUCCACUUAUUUUGUGCCCUGCUAUGCUCCUCACACAAAAAACUCAUGCAGUUCCUCCAAUAUGCGACAACAUCAGCCAAAAGGAGAUGCUAAAGAGCCACUGGAAGCGCGUUCAGCUCCUGGCUGACAACUUCUGGAACAGGUGGCGGAAGGAGUAUCUCAGCAGCCUCCAAUCCCGUCAAAAAUGGCACCACAAAAGAACUGACAUCAAAGAAGGGGAUGUGGUUCUACUUAAGGAAAAACAAACAAGAAGAAACGAGUGGCCUAUGGGUGUCAUCGUCAAGACAGUUCCAAGUGAAGAUGGGAUAACAAGGAAAGCUGAGGUUAAAGUUGCUAACCAAGAGACUGUUAAGACCUAUUAUAGACCCAUAUCUGAAAUGGUCUUCCUGUUAUCAGGUGAUGUUUAAGUUUGUUUAUUAUGGUAUCUAUAGGAUACCAGACGGGGAGUGUUCUGGCUCUGCCAUACAUUUUAUUUAUGAGCGCUGUCUCUUUAAGAGAAUCAGGAAGUUGAGCGUUCAGGCCACACCGUGCAGCGAUCGCGCCAGUGUGAAGCAGCUUACAGAAAGCGAGGUGUUGUGUUAACAGCUGUGGGUUUUCAGUUCAGAAAGGGCAUUCCUUGUAAGUAUUACCAUAACAUAAUGUUUAUAUGAAUAAUUAGUUAUACAAAUGGCAAAGAGAGUUCAUCCAGGAUGUAAGGAAUUAUUUACAAGUAUUAUUUUAAGGGCAUCCUUAAAUUGUUUGUGGCUGCAAUGAAGCAUGGUUAUGAUUUAUUUCUGACUUUUGUGUGUUUUUUACUUAUUGAUGCAAAUGCAGUGUAUUUGUUGUUACAGUUUCACACCUGCCAUAUAAAGUACAAGGUCCAAACCACCCAGGCGUCUGAGACUUCUUGUGUGGAGGUGUUUAACUAAACGGAUAGUGG